CUAAAUUCGAAUUCCAUUGGCUCUUAGGUGACGUUUAAGUAAACGUUGGGAAACUUCGUUCUCGAGUGAACGAACUGGGAAUAAAACCAGCUGUUCGGUGUACAUGGAGCUCGACCCGGUGUAGCAGAGGGUCCAUUCGAAACCAAGCCGAGUCUGUGAGGUACUCAACAUGGCAGAACAUCCUUACACAGUUGAAUGCGACUCGGUCUGAUGAUGAACAGCAGCGAUGUGAGGAAAGGAAUGGACCAGGCUUUGGGAUCAACAAAGUCGUUCGGUUCGUCUCGCAGUAUCGUCAGAAGGAUCGGUUCGACCCUUCCUCUCUCGCCAUGUCCACGGGUCCACUUUCAGCUCCAGACGUUCACUGUCAGGGCAGGAGCAGGAGUCCUGGGCGGUUUAGGAGGACACAGUGGGCUCAUAGCAUCGCUAGCUGAUGUAGGGUGGAUCGAGCAAGAGGACAGUGAUGUCCCUGGCAGAAGGGUGGAGGCAGACUCGGGGCUGGCGUUUCGCGCUCAGCAGUGCCCGCCUCUCAGACGCCAGCGCUCUUUGCCCAGCAUCCACCGUGCCGUUCCCGCGCCGCAGAGCCAGACAGUCGUCAACGAUCAGGCCAUUCAGAAGAUCAGUGCUCUGGAGAAUGAGCUGGCUAAACUGAGAGCUCAGAUCGCUCAGAUCGUGCAGGCCCAGGAGCGGAACGCACAGUCUGCAGUUCCUGCUCCAGGUGGUCCUCCUCCUCCACUCUCAGCACCUCCACCACCACCACCACCACCUCCUCCUCCUCCUCCUCCUCCUCCAGGUCCAGGAAUGCAGAGGAGUGUUUCUGCUAUCGACCUCAUCAGAGAGCGGCGGAGUAAAAAGUCUGAUCGGGACGCGGUGUUGGAGUCGGGGCCUAAACAGCCCGAGAUGCCCAACAUGUUAGACGUGUUGAAAGACAUUGGAAAAGUCAAGUUACGCUCCGUUAAAAAUCGUCCUGAGGAAGAUCACACCAAGACGAAGGCCAGUGAACCCACAGACCCCACUGCUCUCAUCGCCGAGGCUCUGAAGCGCAAGUUCGCCCAUCGCUACCGCAACGACAGCGAAUGCGAGAGCAACUUCAGUCUCCCUGCUCGAGAACCCAAACCGCCCUCAGAGACGCCUGCGUUCGGACAGCACAUGCUGAAAUCAACAGGAAUGAGAAAGCACAUGUGAGCUGAACGUCGAGUGUGUGUACACACACAGGAACAGACACGUAGACGUCUCCAGGACUCUAAGCGCUUAGUCUGGUUUUCUGCACCAGCAGCAUUAUUGAUCUCUUUAAUCACAAAGUUGCACAAUGCAGCAGGAAGCUGUUUGUUUUUAUGUCUCGUUUUUGUAAAGGACCAAAAAAAAAAGAACCGCGUGUCUGAAUCGUGGUCGUGCAAAUUCGACAAGUCUAAAUUUGUUUCCUCGAGUUUGCACAACAGCGCUAACCGCUAGGAAAUGGCCCGAAUUCGUUUUUACGUUUUACUAAAUAACAAAUGAACACUAAAGCUACAUUCUACAGCUGCGCAUUUUACACGUCAUCGUGAGUGACCGUGAAGUCAAAACGUGUUUUUUUUUUUUUUUAUGUGGUCUUUUAGUAUUCUUUCCUUUUAUAAAAUCACACUGACGGCUUUCUGAAAGUGUGGCAUGUAAAAGUGCCCAGAAAUGAAUCCAACCCUAUUUCCACUCGGUUACAAUCGUGUACAUGAGCACUUUCUACAGAUUCUCCUGAGCUCGUGUCGGCGUUAAUUUAUAAAGUCAGGAGUUUAUUUACGUCUGCUUUUAGACGUUAAUCAUUUCGUCUUGUUUAUAGGCUGUAAUUUGUAUGAUGACGUUGCUGCUGGUUAUAAAUACACUACAAAUCAGGAUUCUUUUAA